CAUCUCUGAAUGUUUUGCUGGCAGGAAGGGCUCCAUGAAAGAUGACAGAAGAAGUCAUUGUCAUAGCCAAGUGGGACUACACAGCCCAGCAGGACCAGGAGCUCGACAUCAGGAAGAACGAGAGACUGUGGCUGCUGGAUGACUCCAAGACCUGGUGGCGUGUGAGGAACGCAGCCAACAGGACGGGCUACGUGCCGUCCAACUACGUGGAGCGCAAGAACAGCCUGAAGAAGGGCUCCCUGGUGAAGAAUCUCAAGGACACUCUAGGCCUCGGAAAGACGCGCAGGAAGCCAAGCGCUCGGGAUGCAUCCCCAACGCCCAGCACUGAUGCGGAGUACCCGGCCAAUGGCAGCGGUGCUGACCGCAUCUAUGACCUCAACAUCCCCGCUUUCGUCAAGUUCGCCUACGUAGCAGAACGAGAAGAUGAGCUGUCCCUGGUGAAGGGCUCCCGUGUCACAGUCAUGGAGAAAUGCAGUGAUGGCUGGUGGCGCGGCAGCUUCAACGGGCAGAUCGGCUGGUUCCCCUCCAACUACGUGCUGGAGGAGGCAGAUGAGGCUGCAGCCGAGGCCCCCAGCUUCCUGAGCCUCCGUCGGGGCGCCGCGCUGAGCAAUGGGCAAGGUGCACGGGUGCUGCACGUGGUCCAGACGCUGUACCCCUUCAGCUCAGUCACUGAGGAGGAGCUUAGCUUUGAGAAGGGGGAGACCAUGGAGGUGAUUGAGAAGCCCGAGAACGACCCUGAGUGGUGGAAAUGCAAAAAUGCCCGGGGCCAGGUGGGCCUGGUCCCCAAGAACUACGUGGUGGUCCUCAGUGAUGGGCCCGCAAUGCACCCGGCGCACACCCCGCAGAUCAGCUACACCGGGCCCUCAGCCAGCGGGCGAUUCGCUGGUCGUGAGUGGUACUAUGGCAACGUGACACGGCACCAGGCCGAGUGCGCGCUCAAUGAGCGGGGCGUCGAGGGCGACUUUCUCAUUAGGGACAGCGAGUCCUCGCGUCAGGGAGAAACAAGCACUUCAAGGUGCAACUGGUGGACAGCGUCUACUGCAUCGGGCAGCGGCGGUUCCAUAGCAUGGACGAGCUCGUGGAGCACUACAAGAAAGCCCCCAUCUUCACCAGCGAGCACGGGGAGAAGCUCUACCUCGUCCGGGCCCUGCAGUGAAGGCAGCCAUCGGCCUCUCCAUGCCCUGUCCGCGGGGGGCCUCGCUGCCACCUCCGCCUCCCAGAGUCCAGCGCUGCCAGCCACCUCCACCCACGAGGCCUGGAUCGCCUCCGUGGCCCAGUCUGUCCUCUGCAGCCCUGUCGGUUGACCGUAGCUACCCAGGCCCUCAUAGCCACCAUGCCCACGGCCACCACCUUCUGGCCACCUUCAGAUGGUGAGAGGUCAAAUUUGAGGGAGCAAAGCUGCUCAUUUUUUCCCUUUAUAAUUGGAAGCAGUCUGUUUAAAACCUACACACACACAC